AAAUUUCAAUGGAGAUGACACAGAUGAUAAUGAAAGCAGUUCAGGAAAUGAAGGCACCUCAGAAGUACCUAGUCAUAGAGGUUCUGCAGUUGAUGCUAGUUUUGAAGAAAUGCCUGAUGAGCCAUCUUCACCCCCACCGAAGAUAACUAAGAAACAGCUAAGAGCUGCUCGCAAAGCCAAGCGAAAUAGUGGUCAAGCUUAUGUGUCUGGUGAAGGUGUAUCAGUCAGUGCAAGGCAACGAAAAGCUGUUCACAAGUGUGGCAUGAGGGCGAAGCGGCUCGUGGUGCCUCUCAAAUUGCCUCCUGUAUUUUAAAUCACAUCAUGGAAGAAGUUGGAGUUGACAUUGAAGAACUGUGAACACACUUUUUCCCCGUCCCUGGGCACACCUGCCUUGAAUGUGAUUCUAAGCAUUCUGUGAUUGAGCGUAGGAAACAACAGGCUGGAAUGAUAAGUAUUCCCGAGGAAUGGGGGAUGAAGUUGUUGACAGCGUUGGAGACUCAUUCAAAGUUGUUGAAAUGGGAAAUAAGAUCUAUGACUUUGCCCUUAUUCUGGAGAAGAAUGGGCCCCUCAUCAUGCGUGAGAAGUUGGAUAACGGGCAGAAGAUGUAUUGGACCAAGACACAUUGGUUUCAGUACAAAGCAUCAAGACCAGGCAUUGUAAAUUUGAAAACUAAUUUCUCUGAAGAUGCUCAGUUUGAAACCUACAGUAUGGUGAGAGGAAUGUCUAAAAAAAGCAGACAAUUGCCAGAGAAUUGGUGGCUAGAAACACUUCAAAAGGUACCACCUGGAAAUGGCAUCUCCCAAGAGAAGAAGAACAAUUUGAUUUCACUUUUGCCAUUCAUUGAUGAAACUUACCACGACUUUUAUCGAUCCCUUAAAGUGGAUGGUGCAAUUAUUGAAGACACCGAUCCAGAUUUGCCUUCAGAAAAUGAGGAAGAAGAUCAUGAGGAUGAGGAUUAGCCGACUUCUGUGAAAUAGAUUUCUACUGUUGAAAGUAAUGAGAAUUAGUCUUUAAGUUUGUCUUGUGAUAUGCUGACUUUUUGGGUUUGCCUGGCUUGCUGGGAAUUGUACGAAAGACUCUGGUUUUGUCACAUCUUGCUUUCCCUUUUUUAUAAGUAACGUUAGUUUUACCUAUGGGAAUAUAUUCCUUGGAAGAGAUGCUAAUGGAUUAUGUAAAUGGACAAGUUAUGAAUUUGCUUUCAAAUUGCUGAACACUGCUUGUCUGUAAGCCAAAUAGAUUCCUACUGUAAUUUUGUUGUGGCUUAAUAUUUUUCUUCUUAGCUGUAUGGUUGGUUUCCUGAAUUAGAAAUUGCUGAACACUGCUUGUCUGUAAACCGAAUAGAUUUCUACUGUAACUACGUUGUGGCUUUAGAUAUCUUAUCUUAUCUUAGUUUGUAUGAUUGGUUUUCUUAAGUAUAAAUGCAGACUGUUCCUUGCUCUCAGAAAAUUAUGUUGAAAGUAAUGGGAAUUAGUCUUUAAGUUUUGUCUUGUGAUAUGCUGCCUUGUGGUCAGCCUGGCUUGCCAGGAAUUGUACACGUUCCUUUCGAUUAUUUAUAAAUUUAGUCUUUUGCUUGGAAGAGAUGCUAAUGGUUUAUGUAAAUGGAUAAGUUAUGAAUUUUUUGAUGAUAUCUGAUUUUUUUUUCAAUGUGGUUAAACUAAUUUUUCAAACCUGCCUUUCUAUAGACACAAUAUUUAUUUAGUCUCUAAAAUGAACUUCCUUUUUAUCUUGUUGAUGUUGGCUGUCUCAUUAAUUUCUUCAAAUGUGUUAAUUCUUUUGUGAUUCUUCAUUCUUUAUUUGUGAAGGAAAUAGUUAGUGUAUGCCAAUGUAUUUGUUAGCUUUUGCUUUUGUCCAAAGUUUACUAGUUAGGCUUACAUUGAUUAAAACAUCAGUGUAUUUUUGUAAUUAUGAACUUUUUAUUAAAUGUACACAACAACUCUAUUACUGACAAUGUUAUUUUUCCAAUCCUAAACCCAUAAUUUGUUAAGUUUUUUCCAUCUCUAAUGAAUUUCAAGUUGCGGUAUUAAUCAUGAGGAACUUAAACA